ACGGCCUGUAGAGCAACAUGCCUAAGUUUUAUUGUGACUACUGCGAUACGUAUCUCACCCAUGACUCUCCGUCUGUGAGAAAGACACACUGCAGUGGUAGGAAACAUAAAGAGAAUGUGAAAGACUACUACCAGAAAUGGAUGGAAGAGCAAGCUCAGAGCCUGAUUGACAAAACAACGGCUGCAUUUCAACAAGGAAAGAUACCUCCUACUCCAUUCUCCGCUCCUCCCCCCGCCGGGGCUAUGAUCCCACCUCCACCCAGCCUUCCUGGUCCUCCUCGCCCUGGUAUGAUGCCAGCACCUCACAUGGGAGGCCCUCCCAUGAUGCCAAUGAUGGGCCCCCCACCUCCGGGGAUGAUGCCAGUGGGACCUGCUCCUGGAAUGAGACCACCCAUGGGAGGCCACAUGCCAAUGAUGCCUGGGCCUCCAAUGAUGCGACCGCCGGCUCGGCCCAUGAUGGUGCCCACUCGGCCAGGAAUGACUCGACCAGACAGAUAAAGUGGAGGGGCAGCCUCUCUGUAUCAGUUUUAUAUUAUUUGUUCUGCUUCACCAGGGGUCAUGGUGCUGUGACUCUGGGUGUUUUCUAACAGCAUGAAUGAAAAGGAAGACUUGCUCCCCCUUCCUAUCAAAGAAUAGUCUUGAAGGGAGAAGUAUGAUAAACAAAAGUGCAGAAAGUACAGUUUCAUUUGUAUUGUGAAAUGUGAAAAUAAACUCAUCAGCUGUUUUAGUUA